AUGUUGCAGGGGAAAAACAAACGUGGAAGGAAUUUUCGACCAACCGCAAACGCCAAACCAAAGAGCUUGGGUUCCAUCUUCCAUCGUCGACCUUCACCCUCACCAUUCAUCUCACUUUUUCUAAGCAACUUUCGAUCACCUGAGAAUGUCACAAUCCUGCAAGCUGGCACAAUGUCCCGCGACCUUGAGCGAUUGAUAGAGUCAGUCAUCACUGACAUUUCAUGUUAUGGCGACUUGGGAUGCACUGUACUGCACGUGCUUGACUCACUUGGUACUUUCUAUAAGGACACCCAACCAAGGCAAGAUGCAUCGACAGAAUCUUCGCGACCAACAGACGCGGAACCAAAUCAACUACUAUGGUCCACGGCCUGGGACUGGUUGAGAGUGAGGAAGGACAUCUCUGUUGGACCGAAUCGAAAGUGGAACCAUGUGGCCCUACUCGACAUCCUCACUUUGCCGGACCCAGACACCCAGGAUGGAAUGGCAGCAAACAGCGCCCUAAAAGAUGCUGCAGAAGAAGGCCCCAAUGACUCUGAACCCAACGGCCUGAUCAAAGCGACGCCGAGGACCCCCGGCCUCCGAAAGCGGCCCCGAAUCUACGUCUCCGAGGAUCGGAUGUGGGAAUCCAUUGCUGGGCAUACGCCCGACUACCGAAGAGUUCCGAGACUGGAGUGGAUGGCCUUGGUUGGUAUCGCUUCCACCAAGCAGCAGGGUAUCUUGCAAGGCGAUUUGGGUCGGCUUGUUGGUCAGGAUAAACGCUCGUUGCCUAAAAGAACUGACGCCCUAGCAGAGAAGGGUUACAUUUCCAAGCGUACGACGCUCGUCAGGGGAACCAAGACAAGCAAAAUGUGGCUGACACGCUUCGCUCCUGCCCUCCCAGUUGAUCCCCUGAAAGCAACCGCAAGUUUGCACACGGCAGUUGACAUGUCCCGGAGCGCUCUGGCGUGCGACUUGGAGCCUGUUUCAUGGCGACAUAGGUGGAAUGGGGACUCGGUCGACUACAUCUCCCUGGCUCAAACGAUCAUGGCCAUCGUAAAGGCUUUCGGAAUCAUCAGGUAUCAUGACUUGCGGUGCAAGCUGGGCAUUUUGGGUCUGAGAUGGCAGAUGAAAGUUGCAGCCAAGACCUGUCGCUUCUUCGUCCAGACUGGCGCCAUUCAAUAUGUGGGUGCUACAUUGUCCGGCAAGCUUUUCAAGGACUGUCUCAAAUUCGACCACGACCUUACGCAUGAGGACUGGGCCGCUUACCUUGCGACGGGAAAGCAGAAAAGCAUCUCGUCUGCCCUCGGCCUUAACGAUGGAGAUCUUGGAUCUGAUCCAGCAGAUAACAUAGCCAACGUAAACACCUCAAGCUCCGAAGCUGGCCCUAGUCGGAGUUUGAAAAGAAAACGAGUUAAUCCACGCUCCAACUGGAUAGCCGACAAACCUCUAACCACGACAGUCUUCGACAAUAUUUCCGCUGCCGGCACCACGGGUCUGUCGAACAAGCAGAUAGGAGAUUUCACUCUAGGCGCAUCAUUUCGGAGGUAUAUAUCCUCCAUUUCGUCGACAAUUUCUCUCCCCGCACAGCAGCCAGUGCAUCUCAAGCAUUUUCAGGUAUCGAGUGAGAUGCACCGAAAAGGCAAAUCUCAGCAGUAUCGCUAUUUUGCAUGCAGCCUACAACGGAAUGAUCAAGGUGGCGCCGGCACUGAGAAGGAUGCUAGCGUGGAGAUGAGCCACGUUCAUUCCUCGGCUGACUGGGCUCCUGGUAAACCGCUGGCAGAUCACUUCACAAAUCCCACGGUGGUGCCUGAAAUGGCCCGUACUGCUGGUGGCUUAGCUGCCCUUGCUCAAGUUUCCGGUAAGGCAUUGAAUGCCAUCACGAAGAGGAAGACCGAAAUUCCAGACACUCUACGAGUCAACGGGACUCACGGGGCAGGGCUGCGUCGCGCAAAGCGAAUAAGGCUAUCAGAGCAAACCGAGGACGAUCAAUCAUGGGACAGGAGUCUAACAGUGAGAGCGAGCUCGGAGCUCGACUCUGCGCCCCCUUCUGGAAUGGCUACUAGACGUGGUAUGAGGCGACGACCAGCUGAACCGGAAAAAACCUCGUCUAUCGUGACACUCAAAGUAGAUCCGCCAGCGCUGUCAAGAAUUCUCAACGCCAGCAAUACAGAUCCUGAAGCCGGCGCUGUCUCAAACAUUGCGCACGCUUCCCAUGUUUAUGGGACAGACAAGUCGGCCAUUCAUGCUAUUAUUGGACAAGAUGACCAGCCUCGGAAACCCUCAAUUAAAGACGUAAAUCCGCCGUAUACAACCACUGAGGGGGUUGAAGUCUCUGCCCUGAUGCCGCAGGAUGAGGAGUCUAUUAUUGUAGCUUCUCGAGAUUCGAACGAAGAUGUGGAAGUAACAAACGCCGAGACAGUGGAUGAUAAUCUAGUUGACGACAUGCCUGUGAGGCGUGGAGGCCGCCGGACCAAGAAAGGGACAGGAAACUCUUCCACUCGCAGUCGUACCAAGAUUUUCAAAUGCGACAAGUGCGGUGGAACCUGGAAAAACGAUGUUGGCAUCAAGUAUCACCUCGAAAAAUCGAAGACGUCCUGCAACCCAAGCUACGUGGCACCGCUUAUGGGGCCUCCCGAGACGCUUUUCCCAACUGCGAAACGACCUGCUGCACCGAAACGAGCAGUCAUUCCUCCCCGACAGAUGAAAUCUCGACAGACGAGGUCAUCUAUCAUUAAUGAUACCCCAGACGAUGAAAGAAGCCAGGAAGACGCCUUCGACGUGGAAGUUGACUCUAUUCCAGCGGGUGUACAGUCCUUCGAAGCCACUCUUUCCAGAGGAAGAAGACAGCGGACCACUGGAGGGGGGAAUUUUGUCUCAUUAGAGGAGUCACGGCAAGGCGAGAGAAAGGGCACAAGUAAUUAUCGAAGUGCGUCAAAACCAUCAAGUACACUCAAGCCGCCAGUUUCCUCGACGCAGCUGCCCAUGAGCGGACUGAUUGAUGAUCCCGCCGGGGCUGUAAGGGAUAUGCCGACAAAACAUGCCUCUCUACAGCCAGCACUGGGGAGAUCACGGGGGCAGGUCACACCUAAAGCAAAGGGAUCGCUUGACUCUCCAGAGUCUCGCAAAGCGUCUCUUACAGACCCUGCUCGAGUCGAUCCACCACCAUCCUUGACGCCAACGAAGGCGCCUGACCAUUUCGGGCGACGAGGCUCCUUUUCGCGUCCUGUCAAGCGGAAUACAAAUCAUAGCCUCAAGUGGAUGGACCCAGGGAAUACUUUGACGUCAGUCAUUGAAUCCAAUCGACUACCACAUGCAGAAGCGCUCAGGGCUAGCCUUAACGACAGCAGUACCCUUUCGAAAACACAAAUCGUUGAACGGGCACUCCUCUACAUCCUGCAUGCGAAUGGCGGGGUCUUUCCCGGGGGCCAGUCGCUGUGGUACGCUACUAUAGCUACGUGGGAAGUCAUGUUUUCGUCUGAAGAAUCUCCGGACUAUCAAUUUUACAAAAGCGCUUUGGCUAGAUUGGCAAAGAAGAAGCAGGUGGUUGUCAGCACGCAUGCUUUCAAGGAUUCUAAAGGCAUGAUGGCGAACUACCAGUUGAUACGAAUUCCUGGAACCGAAGCCUCGUCUCCGGCAGGUGCGGCUAUGAAAGCGAACAUAAUGGCACACCACCCUAGAGUUUACAUACCGCCAGCCUUCACGCCCAAGGCAGGACUGCCAAAAGAGGACAAGCAUGAUGCCCAACCUGUCUUCUCCAGCCGCAGGAAGACAGUCCAGGUGAUGGAGGUUCUUGACGCUCCCUUUUAUGCCAACAAAGCGGCCAAUGAUAGGCCCGGUACGCCCCCUGAAGGAUCUCAAACGCCCAGGAAACGCAGAAAAAGAAUGGUUACAAAAGAACAGAUUGCCCAUGCAGAAGAUGAGGGUCCUGAUGGUACCCGCAGGAGAGACAUUUUCCGAUUCUUCAUGACAGGACAAGUUAGAUCGAGCGACGGGCCCUCUGCAUCUUCUAGAGAUGGGCAAAGUGGUUGUACUACUAGCAUCGUUUUUCUCCGUCCCAACACAUGCCUGGGACAUGAAGCGGCAGAAGAUGUCCGACGCGCACUACUCCCUGAUCUCUCAGACCCUGAACCAACGUAUCUGAUGGACCGGUUGGAGACCGACGCGGGCUGCGACGAGUUAAGCGUAACCUUCACCCAUGCCGGCGUCAUCGAAGGCAACGAUGGUACCUGGCCAGCACAUAAAAGCAUGUUCUUCGAGAUAGAGGAUCGCAGCCUUACAAUCAGUGGCUGGAUGCCGGAUUCCCGUUGGUUCUUGAGACAGAACUUACCGCAAUCCCUCUCCGAGAUGACCAAGUGGCCAGAUAGGCCCAAGGACAAGUUUCCGAGCAGCAGCCAGUUCUACGAAUUCUCCGAUCAAGUCGAUGCCUGCUUCGACUGGGAGCUGUCAACCGAGGGAAUGAAGCUCCUUCUGGCGGAGUCGAUAGCGCCGGAUUAUAUCUUUAUCAACCACGAUAUCGGUGACCUUCAGGGUGUAUGGGAGAGUCCGCAACUUGAAUGGGAUCCUGUUAAUCAGCUUAGCCCAUCUGCGUUGUUCAACCUCCAAAUCGCGGAACAGGGAACGACUGCGACCGAUCACCUCUGGGGUGGUGAGCUUGGUCGCCAAAGAAGACGCAAGCGACGGCAUAAUAAACUCGCAACUGAGCACAGGGAGCUGAUGGUUGGAAUCGAUCUGAAGAUCAGAACGCUCAUCCCUCUGCCCAGAGAUAUGGACCUGAGAGAUGUGUCCAGAAGAAACGCUGGGCUUGAUGAAACAAAUGAGACCAUCUUGAUAGCUGCAUUCGUUGUCACAAGAACGCUUCUUGGCGGGGCCGACCGAAUCAUAGAAUGGGGUCUCAUGAUGACCUUAUUCCCCGACAUGGCACUCAGUGCUAUGCGACGAUUCUGGUCCAAGGCCCGGAAGGACCGGGGAACUUUCAUCAACCAGCUUACUGAGCGAUUUCAGAUUCAAUUUAUCUCAGCCUACGAGAACAAUGAGUUCCCACCCGUCGACUACGACAACUACGUCGACUAUGACUGGCCGCGCCUUGUCAAGUGGACAGCUGGUCUCAUAGAGGAUUCGCAGGAACUGCCUGCCAAUAAAAUUGCUCUGGAGCGAGGUUACUCCCUUGGCUCAGCCUGGACAGAUGUCACCAACUGGCGCGACGACUACUACAACUUCCAAAUGUCUGUCUUCAACAGAUUUGAGGCGGCUACUUCCCGUCCCGCGACUUCCCUCGUGGACAAGGAUGACGGAGCACCGUUUAGGGACACUGAUCACCUAGUCACAGCCAUGUCGUGGUUGCGCUCCCUUUGUUACACGCAUCGCGAUAAGUAUGCGCCGCAAGAUAUCAGGAAGAAGAUGGCUAGCAUUGGAGGCGGAGACGAAGAGCGCAUUCAAUCUCUCCUCGAACAGGCGGUCGAGAUCCUGCAAGGUCAAGGUGUGAUCACAGACAGCAAGCUCAAAGCCCUCGAGGGUCGUCCCUACCGCCUGACAGAGACGUUCCUGCCGAGAUUUAUGAAGUGGACCAAUGAGGUAAAAUUCAUCGACGCCGCCAAGUUCAAGCAUCGACUAGAUGUAAGCUUCCGACGGGGCGAAAAGAUCCGGAUCCCUUACGUCUUGAGGGACGGCGAGGUUAUGGCUAUGAUGAAUUUGCAAGCCAGCGGAAGAGUCGCCGUCACUACAGUCGAUGUCCCGAGCAUCCCUCUUGGGUUCGACCCCGGCAACUACGAAAGUAGGAAAUACCCCAAGUCGUACUACAAUUUUGGCCUCGAGAUCGAGGCCACGACGAUGUACGUCUACAACGAGGAUUUGGCCCUGUUGCAGAAAGCCAAGCAUAGCAAGCCGCCAAGAGAGAACCACAACCGGGCCAUUCCACUGUGGUCUGAUUUCUUUGGGGAGCUCAACAUGGAUCGUUGGGCACAGGUUCUUGGCGCGGUUGCGUUCGUCGUCGCAACUCGGGGACCCCUGGAUGUAGCGUCCGUUUGUACUGUACUCAAACCGUAUCUGCAUGAGUUUGAAGUACAAAUGGUGUUUGACUGGGGAAAACGAUACGGUGUGUUGAAGGGCAUUGCCCAUGGACUGAGUUUCACCGUGGAUGAGUGGUGGUGGCUGCUUGUUGGGCAGCAGCGAAAUGCCAUGUGA